GACGGCCGCACCACUACGUACCCACUCCACUCCACCCUGCUUCGAACAUUCGCCGCCCGCCUCCACUACGAGCAUCCGAUACUCCUCGCCGGCCGCCGCGGGGCCAUGCCGAUCUCCGCGACGGAGACGGCGGCCGCCGUCGUCAAGCCGAUGCCGCGGGCGCUCUCGCUCGCGGGGGCGGCCGUGGCGGCGGCCACCACGUCGCUGAUCCUCAUCUCCGUCGUCGUCUCCCGCGCCCACCACUCUGCUUCCUCGUCGUCAUCGUCGUCGUCGUCGCCUCCACCGUCCAGUAGCGCGUCCACCGCGGCGCCGCUUCAGCCGGCUCCCACCCCGUCCCCGAUCCCGGAGCACCUCCACCACCCGCCGCCGCCGCCCGUCCCGCCGUGCCCGCCCAACGCCACCCAAGCCGUCCCCUGCCACGACGACGAGGACCACUCCGGGGAGCGCCACUGCCCCCCGCGCCCGCCGCAUCCUCCUGCCCCGCACCCGCCCGAGGACCCGCCGCCUCACCCGCCGCACCCCCCGGACCACCCGCCGCCGCCGCCACCCUGCCGCGUCCCGCCCCCGCCCGGGUACCGCCAGCCCUUGGCGUGGCCCGCGCGGCGCGACCGCGCGUGGUACGCGAAUGUGGAGCUCCCGCCGCUGACCUCGGCCAAGCUCGGGGGCCGCCUCGACCCCGUGCACGAGCGCGGCGACUGGCUGGUGUUCCCCAAGCGGGUGGGGAAUUACGUCGAGCAGCUGGAGAGCAUGGUUCCGCUCCGCGGCGGCGAGGUCCGAACGGCUCUCGACGUAGGAUCUGGGGUUGCGAGCUUUGGAGACUACCUGUUGAACUAUGGGAUACUGACCAUGUCUAUUGAUCGAAGAAAUAGACACAAAGCACAAGUGCAGCUGGCCUUGGAGCGUGGACUGCCAGCGAUGAUCGCAGCGCUCGGUGUUCAAAGGCUGCCUUAUCCGACGAGAUCAUUCGAUAUGGUGCACUGCGCAGGCUGCUUUGUUCCAGGGAAUUCUCAUGAUGAACUCUGUAUGCUGGAAAUUGACCGUCUUCUCCGACCUGGUGGCUAUUGGGUAUUAUCGAUGCCGCCAAUCAGCUGGAAAACACCGUAUGAUGAUUUGAGCCCUACAGCCAAGGAUAUGCAAGGUGAACAAUCGGCUUUGGAGGAUAUAGCGAAAAAACUUUGUUGGUCGAAGGUUUCAGAGAACGGUACAACUGUGGUUUGGAGAAAGCCUAUAAAUCAUAUUCAAUGCGAGCAAGAUGGUGAGAUCUUGAGGUCACCACCAUUCUGUACAGGAGAAGACGCAGAUAAUGCUUGGUAUGUAAAUAUUUCGAUGUGUCUAACUCGUCUUCCAAGAGUUGAACUUGCUGGUGGUGCUGUGGAGAAAUGGCCUCAAAGACUCACCGCAGUACCACCAAGGAUAGCCAAUGGGGAAACAAAGGGGAUGCCUAUACAGACAUACAAACUUGACAGUUUGAAUUGGAAUAAAAGAGUUGAUUUCUACCAAACAUAUUUAAAUUUAUCUCAUGGGAGUUACAGAAAUAUCAUGGACAUGAAUGCUGGCUUUGGUGGUUUCGCUGCAGCUAUGUCCGCAUAUCCUGUCUGGGUUAUGAAUGUAGUUCCUGCAAAUCUGACAAACAAUACUCUUGGUAUCAUCUAUGAGCGUGGCUUGAUAGGGACGUACAUGGACUGGUGUGAGUCUUUCUCUACCUACCCACGUACAUAUGAUGUGAUACAUGCUAAUGGAGUAUUCAGCUUGUAUAUGGACAAGUGUGGCAUUCCUUACAUCCUGCUUGAGAUGGAUCGCAUCCUCCGGCCUGGAGGCGCUGCAAUAAUUCGGGACACACCUGAUGUGGUCCAUAAAGUAAAGGAUGCUGCAGACAGGCUACAUUGGCACAGCCAGAUCGUUGACACUGAGAAUGGGGCCUUGGAUCCUGAGAAGCUUCUCAUCGUGGACAAUUCUCUGCCAUUCCCAGAUCACCCUUCAUGAUGAUUAGUCCCUCGUCUUCCCUGAUCAUCUUCAGAAAGAUUGCUCCAGGAUGCUUUGUAUAUGUACAGAUGGAGGAUGAAGAAGAGUAUAAGGACAUAGCUGAAUAAUCCAAUGUAUUUGAGCUGUUUACUCCAAUAAAUCAGCAAUACUGCCUUGUACCAUAGUAGCGAGAUGAUCUCCUGAGCUCUGUGUUGCUGCUAGCAUGGUGUUGGAUGUUGCAGAGAGAUGCAACCAGGCUCGAUUCUGUAGAGAUGUAUUACUAAGAACUGAAUAUUUUGUAUAGCUAUGUAUUACUUGUGAGAA